GCUAAAUAGCAAAAUCAUACAUAUACAUAUGUAUAUGAUAUGUACAUAUGUAUGAAAUAUUUCAAUUUUAAACAGUUUUUGCUUUGUUUCUCAAACAGCGCGCGCAACACAACGACAGCACCGCUGACAGUGACUUAUGUGAUUGAAGAACGACGCCGCUGCAACAGCGUACGCCGACAGCGCUGACAACGGCCGCUGCCUGAGCACAACUGAACUGAACUGCAUUUAAAAUGGUGCAACCGUCGAAUUCUGUGAGCGCCAAUAACUCCGGCAAUAACAAUAACAGCAGCAUUGAUAUUUCCAAUAUAAUCAGCUUGGUAUUAGACAUAGCACUGCUGAUAUUUAAGUUCUGGGUUGCGAUAAUCCAGUCGAUAGUUUGGACAUUUGUGCCACAAGAGAUCGAUGUCAAAGGUCAGACUGUACUGAUCACCGGCACCGGACAUGGCAUUGGCAAGGAGCUCGCCCUGCAGUACAGCGCACUUGGCGCUAAGCUCAUCUGCUGGGAUGUGAAUGAGGAGGGCAAUCAGCAGACAGUCAAGGAAAUCAAGGCUUACGGUGGGGAGGCGUACGCUUAUACGUGCGAUGUAGCGAAACGCGAUGAUAUCAACGUCUUGGCUGAGAAGGUCAAGCAAGAGCAUGGCUUUAUCAAUAUUGUUGUAAAUAAUGCUGGUAUUAUGCCCUGUCAUCCAAUUCUUGAACACACCGAGACUGAGAUUAGAACUAUGUUCGAUAUUAAUGUGCUGGCGCAUUUCUGGGUGAGUUUAUAUAUAGAAAUAUGGCUUAAAAAUUAAUUCGUUACCUAAGAA